AUGUCGACUGAGUUGAAAACGAUUUCAUCGAGAGCCAUAACGAAAUUGAAAAUGGAAGAAACCCAACCUAGACUGUACCGGUCGUCCUCGCUAGACAAGAUCAAGAAAUUCAACACGUUCAUUUGCGCCCCACAGUACUACAUCCUUCCAGCGCUGCUUAGUUGGUUGAAAAAUUCACAAUCGAAUCUACAGGCAUCUACGGAAACCACCAUAUAUUUUCUACGCGCUUUUAUUUUGAACGCGUUCUUCAAAUUCUAUUUGGUAUUUUUCAAGAACGUGCAACCCUUCGGGUUCGAAAAAAUCCAGAUCGUCGUGAAGAAGUCCAUAUCUGCUAUAAUCGCGAAUUUCUACCAAAAGUUCUCAAAAUGUUUUGAGCCUACAUUUCUACUUACAGCAGGAGUAUAUUCAGCUUGUUUAGCCGUUUUACUUCAAUUUUUAUUUUCUAUUUAUUUAAUUUAUUUAAUAUUUCUACCUUACGGGUUUAUAUUCCUUGUAGGAUGUAUGUUGACUAUCAAAUAUAUUUCGUACAAGACUAUGAUUAAUUGUUUGACAAAACGCAAAAGAUGUGAUAAAAAAUUGCAAUGA